GCUUCAAACGAGAGACGCUCUCUGCACAAACCUGCAGACACACAGACGCACGACUGGAGGACACAACAACUACCGGCUCAGUGAACUCAGAGGACUAUUGUGGAGGAAUCAUCAUGAAGAGGAAUCACGACUUCAGCUCCUCGGAUAGCGAGAUGGAUGAGACUAUAGAGGUGGAGAAGGAGAGUGCUGAUGAGAAUGGGAACAUGAGCUCUCCUCUGGGCUCCAUGUCUCCCACUACAUCCACUCAGGUGCAGGCGAGGAAAAGGCGUCGAGGAAUAAUAGAGAAAAGACGCCGUGACCGGAUCAACAACAGCCUCAGUGAGCUCCGCAGGCUGGUCCCCAGUGCCUUUGAGAAACAGGGCUCAGCUAAACUGGAGAAAGCAGAGAUUUUGCAGAUGACAGUCGACCAUCUGAAGAUGCUUCACGCUGCUGGAGGCAAAGGUUAUUUCGACGCCCAUGCCCUGGCGAUGGACUACCGUGGUCUGGGUUUCAGGGAGUGCCUGGCCGAGACGGCCCGCUAUCUGAGCAUCAUCGAAGGCCUGGACGGCACGGACCCUCUGCGGAUCCGCCUGGUCUCCCACCUCAACAACUACGCCAGUCAAAGAGAGGCUCACUCUGGGCUCAGUCACCUGGCGUGGGGCUCCGCGUUCGGAUCCCCUCCCGCCCACCUCACGCACCCCCUCCUCCUCCAGCACCAACAAGGGGCACCUUUGGCGCCUUUGCCCCGCAGCGCCACCAGCAGCCCACAAACUCCUCUCUCAUCUGCAUCCACCUCCUCCUCCUCCUCCUCCUCUUCUUCGUCAUCCUCGUCGGCUGCAGAGACUCACGUCCCGGGCAGGCGCAGCGGCAGCGCCACCCCCCACUCAGAUCAAGGCCCGAUCCGAGUCCCCACCACCACCACCGCGGCUCCCUCCAGCGUCCCACACCCCGCCCUGGUCUCCUCGUCAGCAUCCAAGCUCUCCCCUCCUCUCCUCUCCUCCCUCUCGGCGUUCCCUUUUCCCUUCAGCGCCUUCCCCCUCAUCCCCACCAGCGCCAUCAGCGCCCCGGUCCCGACAUCCAGCGUGGGCAAACCCUACAGACCCUGGGGGAUGGAGAUAGGAGCUUUCUGACUCAGAUGAAAAACACUAUCUAGACUCGACCCAGCUGAGCUGGACUUUUCAAGGACAAGACUUUUUAUUUUCCCAGCUAAGAAAGUGCUAUUUUUUCUAUGACGUCCUACAGAGGAUAACACCUAGCUAUAGGAUCUUUCUUGCCAAUGUAUUGUGUUUUGUAUAGAAGAGAAAAACAGUGAGGAGGGGGACCACGACUAAAAAGCAACAAGUGAUUUAUUGUGAUUGAUCUCUGUUCCUGCCCGCCCCUCCUUUUAGAAGUUUCACCCACAGAUCAGGAAUGGCUUUUCCAGAUGGUCAAGCAGUCGCCGCCUGUCAAGUUUCCUGGGCGAAACUGUCCCCCCUUUGUUUUCCUCCCAGCGUUGGUGCCCUGGUUCCAUACAGAGAGGAGGGGUGUCAAAAGAGGGCUUGAGGUGCUUGAGAGUCACCCCCUUUUAACAGCAUUUUAUGGGGUGGAAUAACCGAAACCAGGUGUUUGUUUGACUAAAUACUGGGAGCAGAAGUUAGCUACCAGCUUGGUUGAAAUAAAUUUACCCACAAGUUCUGAUGUUUGUAUGGGGCUCCUUUGUUUAAGCUUCCCUAAGUUAUGUUUCCUCUCUACAGUAAAUUUUGAACUGCGGGUUCACAUAUGUUUUACCAGUUCCGACCAGCUGUUUCACAUUUUCUUAAUGUUUUAAAAAUGAUUUAUAUCGCCUAGUCCACAAGUUAUUUCUCCCCUUCAAAGUGGCAGCGUUAUGGAUUUGUAAUUAUCAAGAGGGAGCUCAUUUGUAGUUGCAGUAAAACAAGGCGAUACAAUUCAAUCUCCUGCUUUUUCCUCCUGAUAUUUCGGUGUCUCCUGGUUAAUCCUCACUGUGAGUUUGUAUAUGUUCUGGUUGUACAAAGCACAAAGCAAGCACUGACAAAUCAGAUUUCUCAGCUCAUCAGAGUUGUUGUUGCUGGUUGGUAAUGACAAGUAAUAAAAGAGUUCUGUUAAAUCA